CAUGCAAAGAAGACAUACCAUUUAUCAUGUCAUCUUCAGAGCAUCGAACACAGCACAGUCGUCGAGCGAUACCAUGAUAAAAACUUCACCUUGUGCUUGGGGAAGGUUCGAGCCACGCCCGAGCACGUGGCGUUUUGUCCGCGAGCCAUUGGCACUGCAGCACCGCGAUUAUCCUACCCUACCACAGCAAGAUGACAGACAGGCCUCAGGCCAGCAAAUACUAUGAAAAGAGUCAAUUCUUCCGUCACAACGCCACUACAAUUCACUCAACAUUGCAACAAUGCCACAGCAAGAACUUGUACCCAAAGCUUACACAUUGCUCAGCUCGAGCGAGACUUUCUUACAUCUGCAGACGACUGACACUCCAGCGCCAAUCGACUUCACGUUCGAAGCUAUCAAGCCAGACCUCUUUCGCACAACUUUCACAUCUGAAACUCAUCCUCCUCCACCAUUUCCAAGUGCCCACAAGCCUAGCGCAGACAACGGAUCCUUCACAAGCACUUCUGCCGGCAGCAAGUCAAGAACAUUCGCCUCUGGCAAUAUUGAGGCCAGAGUGGACUGGGAUGUAACUCCCAUUGUUUCUGUAGGCUUCGCUGGGCAACAGCCUCUACAUACCGAUCUUCCAUUCCGGUCUUACGUCCUCGAUGGACCAGGAGCUGCACACUAUUCACGUUACUUCCGUGGAAGCCUCCAUGUUGGACUGGGCGAGAAAGCAGCGCCGAUGGACCUAUCUGCCCGGCACUUCACUUUAUCGGCGACUGACUGUUUUGGCUACGAUGUGCAUCGUACCGAUCCGAUGUACAAGCUGAUCCCACUACUCUUCCGAGCAGGGCCCGAAGGUGUCGUCGCAACUUUCUCCACUAGCCAUUCACGAGGCUACUGCUCUGUGGGCUCAGAAAUGGAUGGCAUGUGGGGUUUCUACAAGGUCCAUAGACAGGAUUAUGGCGGUCUGGAACUGUACACCAUCAUCGGCCAGACAUUUGCUGAAGUUGUAUCGAUCUAUGCGGAGCUUGUGGGCUUCCCGCUGCUGGUCCCACGAUGGGCAUUCGGAUAUCUUGGUGGCGGUAUGAAGUACUCUAUGUUGGACGAGCCUAGAGCAUGCGAUGCGUUGAUGGAGUGGGCGGAUACUGUAAAGAAGCACGAUAUUCCUUGUUCAGGAUUUCAGAUGAGCUCGGGCUACACAAUGUCUGAGCAAGAGCCAAAGACGAGGAACGUCUUCACCUGGAAUCGGCAUCGUUUUCCGGAGCCAGAAGCAUUUACUGCCGAGUUCAAAAAGCGUGGCAUCCGUCUCAUUGCAAAUAUCAAACCAUACAUCUUGGGCACUCAUCCCGAGUAUCAGAGGUUAGUGGACGCCGGAGCUCUGUUCAAAGAUCUCAGUACACGCCACUCAGCAGUAGCCCGACUUUGGAGUGCAGGGGGUGGCGAAUCAGGAGAUGGUGGCCAUAUCGAUUUCACCUCGAAAGCUGGAUACGACUUUUGGUAUGAGGGUGUGAAGAGACUUCGCGGAGAUGGUAUGGAUUGUAUGUGGAACGACAACAACGAAUAUGUGAUCUCUGAUGACAAUUGGCAAAUGGCGCUCGACAAUGAGCAUGUUCAAGCGUGCACAGAAAAGCGAAAAGAUAUAGGGCUAUGGGGUCGUGCCAUGCACACAGAAUUGCAUGGUAAAGCAUCGUACGAGGCGCUGUUGGAAGCCGUCCCGCACGAAAGACCAUUUGUGCUGAGCCGCAGUGGAACAGCUGGCACGUUUCGCUAUGCGUGCUCAACUUGGUCGGGUGACAACAUCACAUCAUGGGAAGGCAUGCGCGGCGCCAAUGCUCUUUCCUUGAAUGCUGGUGUGUGUCUGAUGCAAUGCUACGGCCAUGAUAUCGGUGGGUUCGAGGGCCCUCAACCCUCGCCGGAAUUGCUGUUGCGCUGGGUCCAACUUGGGUGUCACAGUCCUAGGUUCGCGAUCAACUGCUUCAAGACUGGUGAUGACAACAUGGUCGGCGAUGUCAUCGAGCCUUGGAUGUACCCGGAGAUACUGCCUGAGAUCCGCAAGGCGAUCAAACGACGCUACGAGAUGAUCCCUUACAUUUACGGGCUCAUGCUCAAAAGCCACCUGACGGCCGAGCCGCCUCAGCGCUGGGUUGGUUGGGGCUACGAGCAGGAUUCCGAAGUCUGGACAAGUCGAGUCUUGAAAGACGGCGAGCAACAAUACUGGUUUGGUGACAGUUUGCUUGUCGGCGGAGUAUACGAGGCCAACGUCAGUGAAGCGAAGAUUUAUGCCCCGAAGCGAAGCACUUCUGACCCUGGCUACUUGAACCUCAACGCCCCUUUUCAGUAUCUGAGCGCUGGAGAAUGGCACAGUAUCGCCUCACCAUGGCGAGAGAGUAUUCCAUUGUUGGCCCGUAUCGGUGGUGCCAUACCUGUCGGUAAAGACAGACAAGUCGUGGCACCUGGAGACAAGGUCAAUGAAGCAGACCUACCUGCCGACGACUGGCGAGGCGUGGAGAUCUUUCCAUCUCGCCAGGACUUGUCCGAUGGUACAGUAUACACAAAUGAGUGGUACGAAGACGACGGCAUCUCACCUCCGCCUGCAAGAUUGGCAAGGUUCUCCGUGAGCUAUGCCACGACGGCCAAAGAAGUGACUGUGUGGUUCAAGCAAGAUGUGGAGGCCUUUUCUCCGCCGUGGACCGAGAACGGUAUCACCGUCAUUCUGCCUGUGGGAGACACAAGGGAGGUUGCGAGUGGAGGCGACAAGAUCGUCGACAAGAGGUGGGAAGAUGCUACUGGAAGACAGAGCUUCCACUUGGCCGACCGCAGGUAGAAGCGUGUUGAACGUUGGUAUGUGAAGUAAAUGACGACCGCAUAUCGAUGUAUCUGAUGCCUUUCAACGACUGCACAGCGAUGGAGCUGACG